CGGGCGGGGCCGCUCCCGGUGUCACUCGGAGCCUCCGCGGAGCGCCCGCUGCCGCCGGGGGGCGGGGGCCGCGGGCUCCGCCGCUCCGCAGCAGCCGGUAGCCAUGCGCUGGUUUAGUUGCUCGUAGAGCUUUGAGACAUUUCACUGGCAUCCAUUAAUGCUACAGCAAGAAUAUCCUGAGUCCUUGGUCCGUUCUCUGGUGCUCUCUGAAAUAGAAAUGGCUUACUUGAGAACAGAAAGGAAAGCUUGGGUCAUUUUUGCGUGUUCUGUGGAGUGAUGGAAAAAGCUAUGUGGUGAAAGUACUCCAGCGUGCCGCAAGGAAGGAAAUAACUGGAUUUUCUCCUGUGUCCUUUGUGUGCUCCUUUCCUUUUUGGAGUUCAGUGUAGCAUACUUAUAGAAGAAACUGCUCUAGUGCCGAAGAGAGGUCUUAUGGAUAACAUACUGAUUUAGGCCUCAGGAGUUUGGUGCUCCAUUAGUAACUCUGCUUACUAGCUUUAGGGAUGCAAUGGGCAUAAGUGACAUGCUCAUCUGUAUCCAAGUCCACAUUCAUAAAACAAGGCUAUGGAUUUCCAAACUUUUCUAAAGAUCUUCCAUCUGUUUGGAUCAUCUGUAUCACAGGAUGACUGAAGGCCUAUUAAGCUCUCUUGAUACACAGCUAUAUAUUGCAGUUGCUGAAGUAAAACUUCUCCCCAUGCUAACUGUUGACAUGGAAAACAAGGAAAAUGGCUCUCUGGAUGUCAAAAAUUCAGUAGAGAAUGGGAGACCUCUGGAUCCUGCUGACUGGGCUGUCACCGAUGUUGUGAAUUAUUUCAGAACAGCUGGAUUUGAAGAACAAGCCAAUGCUUUUCAGGAACAGGAAAUUGAUGGGAAAUCAUUACUGUUGAUGACAAGAAAUGAUGUACUGACUGGACUUUCAUUAAAACUGGGGCCUGCGCUGAAAAUCUAUGAAUAUCACGUAAAACCUCUACAGACACAACAUCUAAAGAACAACUCUUUAUAGCUAAUUGUCUCAUUGGGGUCAUGCUGUGCCUCAAAGGAAAAAUAAGCAAUUUGGUUUCAUGUGAUGGAACUUUGUAAAGAGAGAAUAUAUCUAUUAAGAGUUUAAACCAAGUACAAUAUAUAUCCUAUUGGAUAGAGUUGGCAAUAUACUAUAUACUGAGUCUGAACUGAGAGAGGUGGUGUGUAUUUUUUACAUAGUACAUAAUGAUUUUCUCUUUUAGGAAGUGUCAAUGAGCAUGUUGAGAUCACUGUAUCCAAGAACAAAAGGGAGGUAUGUCAUUCUCAUUUUUGAGCCAGACAUGUUCUUGAUUUUGUUAAUUAAAAUACCAAAAAAAUAAAGAAAACCAACCCCAAAGUUUACAUGCAUCUUUAGAGAGAGAGGAACCAAUUAAAGUAGGUUUUGAUUUACACUGAAGACCUACGAAAAUUAUUGCUACUUAUAAUUUCAGGAUGGGCCUGACACUUGCCAAGUCACCCUUUUUUGCAGAGGGUCCUAUUUUGACCUUAUUAAGGUUUACUCGUGGUAUGCUGCAAUGUUUAAAGCUGUACAUAGAACUAACAAAACUCCUUCAGUAUCAGAAGGUGUUGCUGACAGGUGAAACUGGGUUGUAUAUUUUUUGCUGUGCUUUAAAUUUUCACUUUUCACCUGUUUUUAAUAGUAGUCCUAUGUAAAAUAUAAUUGGUUUUUAAAGGUUUGUGUUGCUUUGCAGACAAAAAAAAAAAGCUUCAUUUUAUUCCUUUUUUAAUUUAUGAUUGUUUUCUAACAUUAUGCAGAAAUUUGUAAAAAGUAAAAUUCUGCACAUUUUUAAUAUUGUCUGUCUUUGGUGUUGUAAUGAUUGAUUUUUUUUUUUUAAUGCUUUACUUAACACUUUGAAUACUUGUUUUAAGAACUGAAAGAAGCUGUCUUGUCACCAUACAUCUCUGUUAAAAGAGAGUCAUGUUCAAUCUGUUUGUACUGGUUCCCUAUUUGAUAGGUUGCUUGCUAUAUCCCAAUAAAACAUUGCUUAUGUUUGGA